GAUGGAAGAUACAAUGAAAACAGUAAAACCUGUAAAAUCAGUAAGACCAGUACGACCAGUAUCCAGGAAACUUAUGUUUAUGCAAUGGCUGAAUGAUGCAAGUUAUUUGAAAAAACUACUAAGUAGAUUGAAGAAGUUCGUUAUUGGUUUGAAUAAAGUACUUUGCUGGAAAAAAAGAUUAUCUGAAAUAUACGUUAUGAAAAAGACUACAUCAUUUUAUAAGGCACGAAAGGACUGUGGCAAAAUUGAAGAAUCAUUGGCAAAAUGUAAAUUGGAUCAGACCUGGUUGAUAAACUAUUAUUUGAUCUUUGUCAGGUCCUUGAAAAAACUUCCUCGGAAGGAUUUUGGAAAUAUAUUAGAAAAUUACGACGAGAUUCUCGGAGCCUUACAACUUUCAGCAGAUGAUUCUAAGGUACAGUCUUUUGGGGAAAUGGCUUUAAAAUUUUACGAAUGGUCCAGUCUAUUCGAACCAGUUGAAUUAUCUAUAGAUAAACUAAUUAAGUCUAUUGGUCGGAUCAUUAGGAAAAUUGAUGAUAAUCUCAGCUAUUGUCUUUGCGUAAUAUAA